UAAUGUUUGCAGCUGCGGAGUGUGCAGCAGGCUGGAAGAGUCGGAGUGCGUCAGCUGCGCGUGGAGAAAUAUAACCGAAAAUCAGCACUUACUGAGUGGGCAAGAAGCAAGAAACUGAUGAGGACGUAGUAAUGGAAAUGGAUGAUAAUUGUCUGCAGACGUCUUGCUGUGAUACAAGAUGGUCACAGCAACUGUCGGGCCUGCCUGACAAGCUCCUGCAACGCCUGAUGCCUUUCCAAAGGGAGGGAGUGGAGUUUGCUUUAUCGAGAAAUGGACGGUGUAUGAUUGCUGAUGAGAUGGGUCUUGGGAAGACUGUGCAGGCUAUUGCGGUGGCGUUUGCCUUCAGACAAGAAUGGCCCCUCCUGGUGGUGGUACCCUCGUCACUGAAAUAUCCCUGGAUCGAGGAGCUGGAGAGGUGGAUCCCAGAGUUGCAGCCUGGAGACAUCAACCUUGUGGAGAACAAGAGCCACACCAUGGGCAUCAGCAGCAGUAAGGUGACCAUACUGGGAUACGGCCUGCUCACCACAGAUGCACGCCCCCUGGUGGAGGCUCUGACAGGGCAGAAAUUCUCUGUGGUCGUGGUGGAUGAGUCACAUUACCUCAAAUCCAGGAAUGCAGCACGUACUAAGAUUCUGGUUCCUCUCAUUCAGAGUGCCAAAAGGGCGAUUCUGCUGACUGGUACCCCCGCUCUUGGACGGCCUGAAGAGCUUUUCAUGCAGAUUGAUGCCCUCUAUCCAAAAAGAUUUGGAACUUGGACUGAAUAUGCCAAGAAAUACUGCAAUGCCCAUUUUAGGUACUUUGGGACUCGGAGACAGUGGGACUGUCGCGGGGCAUCCAACUUGGAGGAGCUGCACCAGCGGCUGAGCCAGAUCAUGAUCCGCCGUCUCAAGGCCAACGUCCUCAGUCAGCUGCCUCCGAAAAUCCGUCAACGUAUCCCCUUUGACCUGCCUAAGGAGGCUGCAAAGGAGGCCUCGGAUACUUUCGCCGAGUGGGAGAGGCUGAUGAAGGGGCUGGGGUCAGGGGCCGUCACCGUGGACAACCCCUUCACUGAAGUCAUGGGCCUGGUCACACAAAUGUACAAGCAAACAGCCAUUGCCAAGGCAGGAGCUGUGAAAGACUACAUUAAGAUGAUGCUGGAGGCAGAGCAGCUGAAGUUCUUGGUGUUCGCCCACCACCUCACCAUGCUGCAGGCCUGCACCGAGGCCGUCAUUGAGGCCAAGGCUGGUUAUGUCCGCAUUGACGGCAGUGUUCCAUCCUCAGAGCGAAUCCAGUUAGUGCACAAGUUCCAGAGCGACCCAGAAACCCGAGUGGCCAUCCUUAGUAUUCAGGCAGCUGGUCAGGGUUUGACCUUCACUGCUGCCAGCCAUGUGGUGUUCGCGGAGCUCUACUGGAAUCCUGGCCACUUAAAGCAGGCAGAAGAUCGCGCCCAUCGCAUUGGGCAGACCUGCUCUGUCAACGUCCACUACCUCAUUGCCAAGGGCACCUUUGACACGGUCAUGUGGUCCAUGCUCAACAGGAAGGAAACCGUAACAGGCAGCACUCUGAAUGGCAGGAAGGAAUAUCUGAAGGCUGACGAAGGCGAUAAGGACAAGUGGGAGUUCCUCAACUUUGCCAGUGUGUGGACUCCGAGUGAGUUGGUGCUGCCACUGGAACGAAACACAGGACAUGUCAACAAGGAUGUGUUCUUCACUCAUUUUGAGAGGGAAAAGCAGCACGACAUCCGUUCAUUCUUCUCCCCAAGCACCGGCAAGGAGAAGAAGAGGAAGCAAACAGAAGAUGAAGAAACAUCUCCCUCCGUCUUCCCAGAGUUGACCGUGUCACUGACUGACAGAGAAACAAACUUUGAUAAGAAGGAGAAGGAGGAAAUGUCCUCCAAAAACUCAACUCCACCAGACCAAGAAUUUUCUCCGCUGCUGAAGAGAUUGAGAACGCCUCAAGCCAGCUCAAGCCCCAGGUCUUGUUUUCAGGGAAAGCGAAGGUUGACGAUGGGGAGACUUGGCUCCAGCAGCUCCAGUGGUCUGGUGUCCCUGUCGGAGGACGUCGCAGCCACAGAGACAUGGAACUGCGUCGCCUGCACCUACUCCAACAGCAGCCUGUUGCCUUACUGUGAGAUGUGCGACUUUCCGCGCUCGUCUUCUGAGCCACCCGGGCCUCACGUUGUUCUGUCCAGGUCUGACAGCGAGCCAGAACUCAGCUGGGGAAAAGCCCAGCUCCCGAAACCAUGCAAAGACAAACUGAGCGAAGAGGAGGUGGCGGUGGCGGGAAAAGAGUCUCCCAAAGUCAAACAGAAAGUCGGAAAAGCAGAGGAGGAGUACAAGUGGUGGCUCAAAGGCAAACAAUCACCAGGAGAGCAGGGUGGAAAUGUCGCUGGCAGCUGCCUCCUCCCUGACCACACAGAAGAUCAGAGUCCUGCAGUGUGUCUGUCUUCUUCUGCUGCCGCCGUUGAUGCUAAUGUCGAUGAUGAGGCCGUUGAUGGAGAUGACGCCAGCGCCUCUCUACCCGUCUACCCGGGGAUGCAGUUCUGCGCCAGCCAGUACACAGACCGAAUAUAUCUGUACUCCAAGGACGGCGCUCCGCUGAACCUGAGUUUCAUCCCUCUGGACAUCAAACUAACCAACUGGGACGACCUGCCUGAGGCCUUCAGCCGGCGCCGAGAAAAUCGAAUACAGGUGCUGCGCUUUGUUCAAGAGUGGAGCAGGCUGGCAGCCAUGAAGCAGAAGCUGCUUCGCCGCAGCGGCGUCCUCUUCCACAGCCCCACGCUGGGUCUGCAACAGCUGGCUGCCACCCAGCGCCCUCACUCGAGCACCAAGAGGUACCUUAGUAGAGACGAUGUAGCUCAAGCUUCCUUGAGCAAGGCCCAACAGGAGGGAGGGUAUGUCCGAGUCAUCACAAAGGAAAAAUUCUUCAGCAAAAGGUCGGCUUCUCUGAUGACAUCACCUGUCCCAGAGAGGCAAGAUAGAGUGUCCUGUAAGUCAGGGGAGGAACAAACAUCAUCAGAGCCAAGCUACCUGCAAGCUGUGGACAGUCGGGAUGUCCCACUAUGUUUAUCCUGUCACCAGGCAUGCUCGACAACCGGUGGGCCGUGGGACACCAGAUUCUGCAGCCACAGGUGUCAAGAAGAGUUCCAGUUGCGCUCCAGCCAUACCUACAUGCGGUCACGGGUGCUGGAGGCGGAGCAGGGUAUCUGUCAGCACUGCGGCCUCCACGCCCACCAGCUCUUCUUGAAGGUUCGAGAUGCCCCGCCCUCUCGGCGUAAGGAGAUGCUGGUGAACACUUGGCUUGCCCAACUGUCAACAAAAGAGCUGAACGAGAUGAUCUGCGCCCCAGUUGAAGGAGAUUUCUGGCAGGUCGACCACAUCCGACCGGUGUACAGCGGAGGAGGACAGUGUUCCCUUGACAACCUGCAGACGCUGUGCACCGUCUGCCACAAAUCGAGAACGGCUCAGCAAGCCAAAGAAAGGAGCCAAAUGAAGAAAAGUGUCGCAGCCUCCAAGGUUGCUUCAGACAUCACCAGAUUUUUUAUCAAGAAAUAAAAACACCUUUAAAAAAUAUUCUCAAAGAGAAAACCGCAAAGGUCGGCACGUGCAGAUGUUUUUCUUUUAUUGUUGGUAUUGUUUUUGGUUUUUUGAAAGGUUUGAAUUUUUUUCUAAUCAGACUUUUGGAAUUUUGGGAUUUCACGCUGCACAUGUGGAUGGAGACGCAUCAGAAAGUUCACUUUCUUUAACAGAUGGUGACAUAAGAUUUUAUUCAUGCUUCAGCUGAAUCUUUCUACAACUCUGUGAUUAUAUCAGCAUCUUGUUGUAAGUCAGCUGGCUGACUCUGCUGCAGAAGCCUAAAACAGUGACGACUGUAUCAGAUGCAAAAAUAAAUUGUAAAAUAAAA